AUGGCUAGCCUAAAGAAUCCGGAAGAAGUUUUCGAGGACUACAUGCAAAGGCGCAAGGGCGUCGUGCUCGCCCUCACGCAAGAUGUCGACGACUUUUUCGACCAGUGCAGUCCCGACCGGGAAAAUCUGUGCCUGUACGGGCACUCGGACGGAACGUGGGAGGUCGCUCUCCCGGCGGAGGAGAUCCCGGCGGAGCUGCCCGAACCAACUUUGGGCAUCAACUUCGCUCGAGACGGCAUGAACAGGAAGGACUGGCUGUCCCUGAUCGCCGUGCACAGCGACUGUUGGCUGAUGGCCGUAGCGACCUUUAAUGCCGCGCGAUUCGAACGGCAAGGGAGGGCCCAGCUCCUCGGGCUCAUCAACGGCGUCCCCACCGUCUACGAGUGCGUCACGGGCAAGGUCGGCAAGCACGACGGCCUCGCGGGCACCAAGCGCGGGCGCGGGCAGGCGGGCGUGGACGACUUUGGCGAGGACGGCGGCGGGGGCGAGGCGGAGGGCGACCCGUGCCCGAUCUCGCGACGAAGCUACAGGCCGGGGGAGUUCUGGAUCGCGUGCGACAAGUGCGACCGGUGGUUCUACGGGAAGGCGGUGAACAUGACGCCGUCGCGGGCGGAGCAGGCCAAGACGUGGAAGUGCCCGUUCUGCGAAAAGGCGGCCGGGAAGCGCACGUAG